AUGAUGAUUCGUUGGCGCGCGCGGUCGGUCGGCCGCCGCGGGCGCAACUUCCCGCGCCUCUUCGACAGCGCGGCCGACGACGGCGCAUUGUCGAAGCGCCGCUCCAGCGGCGGGCAGCUACAUAAGGUGGUGCGCAGCUUUUCUUCGUGGGAGCCGGCGACGAGCGCGCGGGCGGUCCUCGGCUUCGCGUCGUCGGCCCAGAACCCCGCUGGCACCCCGCCCCGCCUGGAGGGCAGGUGGAGGGUCAGACCCAUCCGCCCGGCGCGCCGCCAGAGCGGGCCCGGGAAGGUUGAGCGACGUUUGAUGAAUCGGCGCCAAGACGCUGGAAGAGGCACCCUCGAGCAGCCCAGCAGUCUGUCGACUGCUGUGCCACCUUUAAGCUUUAACCUGCCGCUGCCUGCGACUCGGAACGACGUGGAUUUCGUCGUUGUCGCUGCCGCUGUCGUCGUCGUCGGCGUCGCUGUCGUCGCCCAGUUCUGUUAUUGCUUCACAGAAGACGAAGGGGCCCGACACGCGCCAACCGCUGCAAGCGCGGCGGCGGACUUCUAG